UCAUAUCAAAAAAAUGCUUCCAUCACUCAAAAAUGCCUUCUCCAUCAUCUUCGUCAUCUUCUUCUUCCAAGCUCCAACCGCCAUUUCACUCCGAGAUUUUCCCCACCCCCUAGACUCCCUCACUCCAUGGGAGCUCACUCAAGUUGGACUCAUCGUCAACGCGCAUUUCUCGCACAACGUGAGCUUCCACUACGUCGGCCUAGACGAGCCGCACAAGUCGGAGAUCCUCCGUUGGCACUCCGAUCCCGCCCGACUCCCGCGUCGCCGAGCAUUCGUCAUCGCCCGUGUCGAUCGCAGCAGCCACGAGAUCAUCGUCGACCUUCUGCGGAACUCGGUCGUUUCCGACCGAGUGCACCGAGGCAGCGGCUACCCUACCUUGACAUGGAAAGAACGGAUAGACGCGGGCGAGCUAGCGAGGUCGUAUGCUCCGUUUGUCGCCUCGAUCGCGAAGAGAGGGCUGAAGCUGGAGGAGGUGGUGUGCUUGACCCUCACCGUGGGGUGGUUCGGAGAGGAGCGGAGCCGGAGAAUCGCGAGGGUUGCGUGUUUUUAUUUGGAUGGAACGGUUAAUCUGUUCAUGAGGCCUAUUGAGGGCGUCACCGCCGACGUUGAUCUCGAUCGGAUGACGAUCACCGGCUUCCGCGACCGGGUUGUGAUUCCGGUGCCUAAGGCGGAGGGGACGGAUUACACCGGCGAUGAUCACUCAUCCAUGGGGAGUCAAGGACCGGGUUUUCGAUGUGGAUUGGGUUUCACUUUAGAUGGACAAGUUUUGAGAUGGGGAGAUUGGGAGAUGCACGUAUCAUUCGACAUGAGAGCUGGUACAAUAAUAUCAAUGGCGUCCAUUUACGAUGCUGAAAAGGAUAAGCAGAGGAGAGUGAUGUACAGAGGUUUUGUGUCGGAAUUCUGGGUGCCAUACAUGGACUUAACCGAGGAGGAGUGGUACUUCCGAACUUACUUUGAUGCAGGUGAAUACGGACUGGGACUCUCCGCAGUGCCGCUUGUACCUUCGAAAGACUGCCCACAAAACGCGGUGUUCAUGGAUGGCUACUUGACCUCGCACGACGGCACGCCUGUGCGAACCCCUAACGCCAUCUGCAUAUUCGAGAAAUAUGCAGGUGACGUCAUGUGGCGCCACACCGAGCUUGCAGUACCAGGCAAAACGAUAACGGAGGUGAGGCCGGAGACGAGCCUCGUUGUGAGAAUGGUAUCGACUGUGGGGAACUACGACUACUUUUUGGAUUGGGAGUUCAAGCAAACCGGUAUCAUUAAAGUCAGCGUGGGGAUGACCGGCGUCCUAGAAACGAAGGGAUCAAGAUACACAAACACGACGCAGAUAAAAGGAAGGGAAAUAUAUGGUACAUUAAUAGCAGAGAACACAAUAGGGGUGAACCAUGAUCACUUCGUGAUCUAUCAUCUUGAUCUAGACGUCGAUGGUGAGGCCAACUCCUUGAUCAAGACCAACCUCUACACAGACCGCAGGCCGCCGAGGAGCUACUGGCGGGCCGAGAGGGUAUCGGCCAAGACUGAAUCCGACGCAAGAAUCCGGCUUGGCUCCGGAGCAACAAUAUUGUCAGUCGUGAAUCCAAACAAGAGGACUAAGAUAGGCAACAAUGUGGGCUACAAACUGAUGCCAGGAUCAGUGAUCGGCACCCUUUUACCUGAGGAUGACUAUGUCCAAAUCCGAGGAGCGUUUACCAAGUACAACGCGUGGGUUACGCCCUACAACAGGUCGGAAAAAUGGGCUGCAGGGUUGUACGUUGAUCGGAGCCAUGGUGAAGACGGUUUGGCUGUUUGGAGCCCAUCGGAACCGCGCACCUUUAAUGGGAUGAGAAGGGGUAGGGAGAUUGAGAACAAGGACAUUGUGUUGUGGUACACAUUAGGCUUCCACCACGUGCCGAGCCAGGAAGAUUUUCCGAUCAUGCCGACGGUGACUGAGUCGUUCGAGCUCCGGCCGGCCAAUUUUUUCGAGCACAAUCCGACGCUCUACGCGAAGGAUGAGAUGUGAAUGUUCGUGCUAUCGCGAAACAGAGUAUGUUGGACUACUUGUUUGAAUAAAGAAUCCAACAACUACUUACGAAAAGCAAUAAAGCAAUGGAAAAAUAAAGUGAACACGAUGGAAUGAUUUUAUACUGUAAUUAAUUAAUUGCAAUUGUGAAUCCACUGUAAAAAAUUUUUUUACAAUAAAUACACUAUUUACCUAA